CGCACUCUAGCAGGUUCUAGUAAUUUCUACGGCGUGAACAAAAAAAUCGUGACGGCGUGAUCGAGUCGAUUUCGGUAUCGCUGUGUUUGUAACUUCCUGCCGUUGUAUCAAAAUGCCAAAAAUCGACGAGUUGGAGCAGGACAUCGCAGAGUUGCGCGCCCUCGAGGCUAGUGCGCAACGCAGUCGGGUGCAGCAGAUUAUGUCCAUCGAGGUUCGCAAACUCGAGACAGAGCUGAUCCGCGAGCGGGAGAGGCAAGGGGCCGUCGGAGCGCCUGGUGCAGAGGCCAAGCCGAGCGCAUCGCAGCAGUCACGAAACACCCCUUUUACAACCAAGAUUACCAAUUACGCGUGGGACCAGUCGGACAAAUUUGUCAAGCUGUAUGUAACGCUGCCUGGAGUGCAUGAGCUUGCCGCUGAAAGCAUCAAGUCUGCAUUUGGCACACGGCGGUUAGAACUAGAGGUCAAUGGGCUGGCCGGCCGGAAUCACCACCUGCUGAUCACCAAUCUUCUGAACGACAUUGCUCCAGACUCUAGCUACCACAAGGUGAAGACCGACAUGGUAGCCGUGUUCCUACGAAAGACGUCCGCUGACAAGUGGUCCGACAUCAGUGGACUCGAUAAGAAGGCAAAAGAACCAAAGGUUCCAAAGACCGAGAUGGAUGGAGGUGACCCAGGCUCCUCGUUGAUGAACAUGAUGAAGCAGCUGUACGACGAAGGCGAUGACGAGAUGAAGCGCACCAUCGCAAAAGCCUGGACGGAAGCACGGGAGAAGCAGCAGGGGAACGGAGAGGGCGGACUUUUUUAGACAUUGACAUUAUGGGGUUCCACCGGUGUGACAAAAGCGUAGGGGUUACGCGGCACCGAGAGAAGGGUCUGUUGGGCACACUAGCUGGUCGUGCUUGACCACACCGCACCUCUAGCAUUCUACGUGUAAAGCAAUUACAAGACGAAGCAGACUUACGCUAUUAUAUGCAGUUCUUGGUUCCCCAGUUAAAUCUGUUCUACCGUCGGCGAGCAAAGCCCCGUGUGAGUGCGCUCGAUGAGAGAAGCGCACGUGUUGCGCUGCCUCUACUGAGGAGCCACAGUAGCUUCUGCUGUGUAAACUGCAGCUGUGCAUUCGAGAAUGUUUGCACACACUGCAGCUGAUCUUGCGUUAAGCAUCGGUAAUUGUCACCUGUCUUGCAUGCUUUUUCUUUUAUGAACUGUGCACUCCGAAUAGUACUUCCGGAUUAUCGCUGUGAUUUGGCAUUUUGACGAGAGAGUAAGGAUGGGUGAGGUAUAUUCAAGAAAAGACUGCAAGCAAGGCAGGCAAGAGUAUUUUUGCGGUAUCGUGAUACCUAAUACAGAAAGUACAUUUACCCUCAAGAUUCACCCUAAUGGGUGUAAAUUUUUGUUAUAGCAACACUUGUCGGUGGCAUUUUGCUCAAAUCUGAUGCCGAAAACAGUAACUGUUUGUAAAGUGCGUUUCAGGUGCAGUCAUAAAAUUAACCGUUUUGUGUGCACAGUGACGAAUUGUUUCACAAUAAAUGUACAUAAACUUUC